AUGCAGCAUCCGAAAUCCGAAUCCGACAUAGCCAGCCUGGCCGCCUCGUCACCCUCGAGGUCCCCCAAACGGGCCAUGUACUAUGUUCAGAGCCCGUCUCGUGACUCGCACGAUGGGGACAAGUCAUCCAUGCACGCCACCCCUAACUUUGCCAGCCCAGUCGAGUCCCCUUACCAUCCCUCAUCUGGCCGCCACUCGAGGAACUCUUCCGGCAGCCGCUUCUCCGGCAUCUUUCGCUCGUCUUCUGGCAGGAAAGUGGCCGGAAAGAGGAAUGACAAGGGCUGGCCCGAGUGUAAUGUGAUCGUGGAGGAAGGCCAAUAUGACGAGUUUGGUGAUGAGAAGGCGUACACUAGGCGGUGCCAGGCUUUGAUGGCGGUUUGCGGUUUUUUCCUGCUUUUCACGGUGUUUUGUUUGAUUAUAUGGGGUGCGGGGAGGCCCUUUAAACCUGAAGUUGCUGUUAGGAGUUUGACGGUCAACAAUAUGUACAUUGGUUCGGGUUCAGACUUCAGUGGGGUCCAGACAAGAAUGCUUACAGUGAACAGCUCUCUGAAGAUUAGUGUGUACAAUCCAGCCACAUUCUACGGGAUUCAUGUGAGCGCGACACCCGUCAAUCUCGUCUAUUCGGAUGUAGUUGUAGCAACUGGACAGCUAAGAAAAUACUAUCAACAUCGAAAAAGUCAAAAAAUCGUGUUGGUGCACAUAGAAGGAGCAAAGGUCCCUUUGUACGGUGCCGGAGAAAGUCUUGUCACCACAAACAAUGCCGUUAAGGUUCCAUUGACGCUGGAGUUUCAAAUCACAUCAAGAGGAGAUGUUGUCGGGAAGCUCGUUAGGACAAAGCAUCGCAAAAGAGUUUCAUGCCCGUUAGGACCUGAAUAUGGAGAGUUCACAAAAGCUGCAACUGCCGAUGAUGAAAUUCAGUUUGUCGAGACGAGCAGCACUGAAGUAGCUGAAGUCUUGUACCCUGUUGGGAAGCUCGACAAACCCUUCUUUGGUCUUGUCAAAAGCGAACCAGAAAAAUACACGUCAUUAGAUGGAAACUUGACCUCGGACAGAAUAUUGCACUUUUUGGAGAAUAAUAAGUUCCCAUUAGUUACAGUAAUGACUGAGCUCAACUCUGCUAAAGUAUUCUCCAGCACAAAUAAACGGCAGGUGUAUGUUUUUGCUGAGGCUGAUGACUUGAAGAAGCUUACCGAGUCAUUGCAGGAAGUUGCCAAGAAGUUCAAGUCUGAGAUAUUGCUCGUUGCAGUAGAUAUUCAAGAGGAAAACCUCGCAAAGCCUUUCUUGACUUUAUUCGGUCUAGAAGAUUCUGAAGAAACUGUUGUUGUAGCUUUUGACUAUAAAUACAAUUCCAAGUAUCUCCUUGAGUCAGAUCCCACAUCAAGAAACAUUGAAGGUUUCUGUUCAGGGCUUGUGAAAGGGACUCUGAGCCCAUACUACAAAUCGCAACCUAUUCCUGAUAACAAAAAUGCCAGCAUUCUGACUGUCGUGGGAAAGACAUUCGAUGACUUGGUCUUGAACAGUCCCAAAAACAUUCUUUUAGAGGUCCACACGCCUUGGUGCAUAACAUGUGAAGCCACGAGCAAGAAAGUGGAAAAAUUGGCCAAGCAUUUCAAUGGUUUGGAGGACCUCGUUUUUGCUAGAAUCGAUGCUUCAACCAACGAACAUCCAAAAUUACAGGUUGAGGACUACCCAACAUUACUCUUCUACCCAGCUACCAAGUCGGAUCCGAUCAAGCUCCCAACAAAAUCCGGUGUGAAGGACUUAGCAUCACUAAUCAACAAAAAAUUGAAGUCCCAGGAUCGUUCGGCCAACGAUGAACUGUAG